UCCAAAGUGGUUCAGAUGACAGCUCGGCGCUGCUCAGCAGGACGCACCGGAUUAUCCAGAACUCAGCCGCUCUCUCCGGCUGCAGCGUGUGGUUUAGCUUAAGAAGAUAAUAACUGUUAUUAAUUACUUAAAGGAACAAGCUGUGUGAGAAAUGAGAACGUGGCAGGCUCGGUUUCUGUUCUUCGUGGUUCUGAACGCAGCUGUGCAGUGUGUAACCUCCCUGGAAGAAGAGCUCUCCGAUUCUAUUUUAGGUAACUUCCUGGACCCUCUUAAAGACUUGUUGGAGAACAACCAUGACAGCAACACAGCGAUUGCCAAAUUCUUCCUCCGUAAACCUUCCCAUCCCGACAAUGACCUGUGCUACCUUAUUCCUGGCAAACCGGAGUCGUUGACUGCCUGCGGCUUCAAUAGCACAGCCAAAACCUUCAUGGUGAUCCACGGAUGGACGCUGAGUGGGAUGUUUGAAAGCUGGAUGCCAAAGUUAGUUUCAGCUCUGCACGAGAGGAAGCGGACGGCCAACAUCAUCGUAGUAGACUGGCUCGGCUCAGCCCAGAACCAUUAUGUGAUUGCUGCUCAGAAAACCCAAGCUGUGGGACAGGAGGUCGCUCGCUUCAUUGACUGGAUCGAGGAAACCACCAACAUCCCGCUAGACAACAUCCAUCUGAUUGGUUACAGCCUGGGUGCUCACGUGGCAGGAUUUGCCGGCAGCCACGCUACUAAUAAAGUUGGGAGAAUUACUGGUCUGGAUCCUGCUGGUCCUGUGUUUGAGGGCAAACAUGCUCACAGACGCCUCUCUCCAGAUGACGCUCACUUUGUUGAUGUCCUUCACACUUUCACACGUGGCUCCCUGGGUCUCAGCAUCGGCAUUAAGCAGCCCGUCGGCCAUGUGGACAUUUACCCCAACGGAGGCAGCUUCCAGCCAGGGUGCAACCUCAGAGGGGCGCUGGAGAAAAUAGCAAACUUUGGGAUAUUUGCCAUCACCGACGCAGUAAAAUGUGAACACGAGCGCUCGAUCCACCUGUUUAUUGACUCGCUGCUGAAUGAACAGGAAGUGGCCAAGGCCUACAGGUGUGGCAGCAGCGACAUGUUCGACCGCGGCAUGUGUCUGAGCUGCCGCAAGAGCCGCUGCAACGCGGUGGGCUACGACAUGAGCAAGGUCCGAAGAGCACGCAAUGUUCAGAUGUACACCAAGACAAGAGCCUCCAUGCCUUUCAGAGUUUAUCACUAUCAGCUGAAGAUCCACUUCUCCAGUAAAGUGAACACAUCACAGAUGGAGCCUUCACUCACUGUUUCACUGUUUGGAACCAACGGGGAGGCUGAAAACCUGGAACUUCAGCUGAAAGAAGGUAUUGUGUCAAAUAAGACACAUUCAUUCCUGCUGGUGACAGAAAAAGACAUUGGUGAUCCACUGAUGCUGAAGUUUAGGUGGACAGAGACAAACAGCUGGUCGGCCUCCAGCCUUCUGAAGAUAGUUUCGUCUUGGUGGUCUGGAGACUCAAACAGCUCCAACAUGGAGAUUCACAAAAUACGCAUCAGAGCUGGAGAGACGCAACAAAAAAUGGUAUUCUGCCUAAAAGACCCCAAUGCCCCAAACCCUACACCGGAGGUCACGUUUGUUAAAUGUAAGGGUACGUGGAGGACGAAACCAAGGCAAAUUCCACAGAAAACAAGACCUCCCACACGUGCGCACACUCACACACACACACACGCGCGUGCACACACACAGCCUGAAGCGCAGAAUACGGAAUGCAGAAUAUCAGCAGGGGGACAGAUUGAGACAGAAUGCCAUGCGUCUGUGACAGUGUGUGUCCUGUCACCGUGACCCGAUUGAUCAUGCGCCCUGGCUACUUGGACAAUGGAGAUCUCUGUUUGGCUGACUAGUUAGCACGGGUGACUUUCACCCAGGAGUCUGGGGAUCAAAUCCCGAUUGCACCAUGUUUUUUAUAUCCAUCACAGAUCUCUCUGAAGAACUCAGCAUUGACGGCUUCAGCAACGCUGUGCCACUCUAUGGAUUUUCUCUUAUUUGUUUUGCAAAAGCACUUCCUUUCAUUUCUCCACCUCAACCACAGGUACCUCAAUUUCUGCUGCUGUGAAAUAGCACUUCCUUGAUCUGUGGUUGUGAUUGAAAUGCUGCAACAAGCCAGCUUAUGUAUAUGCAUGAGGUCCACAAGGCACUUUGCAUUGACUAUUUAUGGCAGUAAGUGGGCGUGAUGAGGGCGGGAUGUGACUAAAUUGCAGCUGAGAAACAUUCUCGUUAGUCUCUGAUUUAUGAAGCGGAGAUUGCGUGCAGCUGUGCGUACUCCAUGUUUGAUAGAUCACAAACCUACUUGGCGUAAGUACAUUUUUUUGCAGAGUUUAAGUACGGUUUUAGUAAAGAUUCUACGCAAUGCUUGAUAAAUGAGAGCCCUGUACAUUUACCAGAUGCAUAAAAUAUUGUAUAUUAUAUUUUUGUAAAAUCCAAAACAAGCAUGUGAAUGCUGUUUAGUGAUUUGUAAAAAAAUGUUUUAUAAAUUUAUUUUUAUGUUUUUACAAGUAAAUGUAGUCAUGUUUGGUUGACUUAGUGGGCUAAAGUCUGAGUGAAUGGAUGUCACACUCUAAGAAAUAAAAUGUUGAAUUAACUUAACCAAGUUAUGUCAGUUGGUUCCACUAAACCUAGUGGCAUAGAUGUAAAGAGUAAUAUACAUUGUUAGAUGUUGUGUCAAAGCAUAUUACUCUUUUUACAUUUAAGCUACUAUAGUGGAACAAGUUGACAUAACUUGGUUUAGAGAGUUCACCUUUCCAUUUCUUAGAGUGCUGAUCGUAUAUUCACAGUGGUACAUAUUCAUGUAGAGGUUAGUCAAAUAAAAAAAAAUCAUUGGCUUAUUGUUAGUGAAUUCACUAAGACUUUAUAACACAACCAGCAAUAAAGAAAGGUAAAAAGAUAACGUACCAGUGUGGACGUAGUUCAGACUGAGGACCUGGUUGACGCUAGCCUAGUGGACUAGACCAAAUUCUUGCUUUGCAAAGUUUGUUCUAGGAACGCUCCAUUGGAACCUCUGCAGCCCCUAGCAGCAUUCUGGCUGGCCAAUCACAGCUCUCUCUAUAGGGGUUUCAAUCAUAUAUAGCGCUGUGAUUGGUCCACAAUAGUGGGCCAAUCACAGCGCUUUAUCUGCUUUGUGGGCCAAUCAGGGCCCUCUAUUUCUCUGGUAGGCGGGAUGGUGCUACAGAGUGGAACAAGAUGGCGACAGCUAGUUUGAAACUGCUUUUACAUCUGUUUUGGACUAUUUGGACUUGGGCUUUAUUAGAAUCAGGAGCAGAUUGAUGUAUAGAAAAAUGUUUAACUCAUUCACUGCCAGCCGUUUCCUGAUCACUAACGGCCUUCGCUGCCAGCGUUUCUCACCGUUUUUACUGUUUUUUAAGACUCACAGAACGUUGCGCGCUAGCAUGAUGUCGAUGCCAAAACAACCAAAACAAAGAGGAGACUCACCUCUUACAUCAGGAAGAAGCCGCGUGUUUUGAGCGUUAUCCGGUCUUUCAUAAUCCGUUGUCGAAUUGUGAUCGGCAGAAGCUUUUCCGGUUCGCGCCUCACUUUUUUUACAGGAACGGCCCAAAACGAUCUCCAAACACAUGGAUGUGUUGCUUCCUGAUCAUGUGAUCUGUGACGUAUACGGAUGAUUGGCUUCAGGGCUGAGAUGUUUGUUCUCUCAGCGCGGGGGCUCGUUCCGAUGCUUUAGUCGUCAUUGGCAGUGAAUGAGUUAAAAAAAGGAUGUAUUUUCACCUUCUUCAACAGUGGACUGCCUCGUUUACCGACAUCCGCUGCGGUAUACGUCACAUUGUUCAUUGUCCAGUAGCAUGCGGUGAUUGUUUGAAAGACAACGGUUGAACCCGCCCCACGACCGAGAGCCAUCAAUGGAGCGUUGCCAGACAACAUUUAUUAUUUGGUCUGGCUUGCCAGGCUAGGUUGACGGAGUUUCGGAGGUACUUUUAUCCUGUUUAAUAAAAUACCUCAUGUAAUUUAAACAGAAACACUGUGAGAAACAACCAUCUUUGGACUUCUGUCUCUAAAAAUAUGACAUUUUUAGGGGUUUUAAAGGUAUGGUUCACCUGAUUAUUCAAUACAUUUGCAAUGGUCUAGUAGAGAUGAUUGCCUUGUAAGUCUUACUCAGGGGUGGGGGGAUGUAUGCCGGUGCACCAGGAGCAGUGACCCACAUCACAGCUGAGACGGCAGGAUUAUUUUCUGAUUUUUGGACUUCUCAUCUCAGAUUGGAUAACAGCAACACAACACUACCACUGACUUGCAACGCUGAUGUUUUAUCUCCACAAAUAACACAAGUUUGAAGGAGUUCUGGUGUGUGGUGAAGUUGCAAAUGCUACUAUACGAGACGUCCUCUGCCGUUUCCUGGCUGCUAAACCAACAACAGCCUUCCCCAUGAAUGUGAAGUUACAGUGUGACGUAGAUGGGUCAGGCUUCCCUAAUCCUAGCAUUUCACCAUCUAUUUUCUGUCAGAAGCUCAUGCAGGAGAUAGGUGUAGGAGACUAUUUUCAUGUUCAGCCUGCAAGAAACACUCAGAGUGGCAGAUUGUAAUCAGGAAUAAUAAUUAAAAACAAGGUUUUCAAUGAACUACACCUUUAAGCAUUUUGGUAUAAUUGUUUUUGCGUAUUUUAUUUCUAACACAACACUGUGGUUGUGUGUGACUGUAGGACCUGUAUCAGUGUACUGUAAACGCUCCCCAGACUCACCAUUUUUGUUUUGACAUUGUUCUACUGUACUGUACACCUUUAUACACAGCAUCUCUGUCACCUCGGACACCUGCCAAACGUACCUGGAAUGUGUCUAAUGAACAUACAUGUAUUUUCUACGUUCAGUUUUUGUCAAAGAGUGUUUUCUUUCUGCUAAUGCUCAUUUAUUUAUAAUUCCUUUAAGAUGAACUCCUCAGCUUUACAGAGAUCGGUACUGAAAUCAUUGUGACUUUAAAAGAAUAAAAGCGAUUUAUUCUUGCACAAAAAGGGAAGACGUUUUGAAGGAAGGGGUUUGUACAGAGAAUCUUUGUAAAUAUCAGAAUAUAAAUAACAGAUUUAUUAAAAAAGAGGCGAUGCUAUUUUAUAUUUUUAUCUAUGGAUGAAGUUAUUUUAUAAACUGUACAUUUCUGUAAUUCUUUAUGUGAAACUACAUAGAAUUUGUCACUGCACUGAGCACAUGCUCUAAUAAACCAAGUUUGCCAACGUUCU